AUGGACGAAUCAAACACGAUGAAUACGUACCACGACACAAAGAACCCCUCCCUUCUCAACUUAUCGGAUCCAAACGCCUCAAUAGCUGGUGUCGGCCGUGGUGUGACGCCGUUGGAACAAGAGGUCCUAGAUGAAUAUGAGCGACUGGCGAGGAAUAUGAAAGAGCUCUCCAACAUUCUCGCCUCCUUAUCCAGCGGCCCUAUCACGCUCGAAAUCGCCGAAGGGCUCCGGCUACUCGAACGAAAAGCAUCGAGUGUCUACACGUUAAUGAAAGCAAGCGUGUACAGCAUCGUGUUGCAGCAAGGGCAAUUAGAUGGGGUAGAAGGAGAGGCGGGGAGUAUUACGGAUGGUAGAGAACAGGAUGAAGAUGGUGGGCGAUGA